AUGAACAAGAAUACGGCUACCAAUAAUAACGCGAACAUUUCUUCUAGUAGAGAUGCUAACACUCCCGUUGAGGGAGAUCGCCGAGACAAAUCAGGGUUGAUAUACUGGACUAAUUCCAAGAAAUCUGGAGCAAGCUUUGUUGCAACGCUGGUGGGUUUGUUAAUCUUUAGAAAUGUUAAUGUUAUAUCUGUUUUGUUGAAGAUAGGAUACAUGGUGCUGUUUACGAGCUUUGCCCUGGAACUCUCCACAAAGGUACUUUUUGAUCAAGGAGUAGUGUCCAGGUUUGGCAUGCGGGAGUCUCCAGAUAUUGUCAGUAUCUUGAAGCCUCAUAUUGACCGCGCAUUGGAUCGUCUGCCUGCGUUAGAAGACAAGGUGAGAAAGCUGGUGUUUGCGCACAGAACAAGAAACAACUUUACUAUAGGUGUUUCUUUAUACUUUUUGCACGGUCUAUUUGCCAUUUUUUCCAUGAAUACUGUUCUAAUUAUGACCACAAUCUUUUUGUAUACCGUGCCUUUGAUCUAUGACAGAAAGCAGACAAGAAUUGACCAUGCUAUUGACAAAGUAAAGAACUUGAUUGUUCAUAGGUUCCACAAGAAUUACAACAAGGUGGUCGAAAAAACUGAACCAUACAUUGACAGGAUUAUACCACCUCAAACUGACAACGGUAGUUAUUCAACUUCUAUUGAUAAGAAAGACAAUUCUUCUGCUUCGCAACGCAACAAGAGCGGCCUUUCCUCUUCCGGACUUGACAGCAAGGACCCUUUCUCAUCUUCUAAAAGUGGUAAAAAUAGUUACUCUACUUCUCAAUACAACCAAACUGACUACCCAACAUCUCAAAACGAGAACAUUGGCACUUUGAAAUCCAGUAACCAUGAGCUACCUUCAGAGAAGGACUUUAACAACAGGCACGAAAACUUCAAUAAGCCUGAUGUCAAAACAUAUGAUCCAAGAACAGUUGAUAUUGAGGAAGAAUUAGCUGCUCAUCAACGUGAACUAGAACAAAACUUGAAGGAGGGUGAUUAUAAUCUAGUAGGAAGUAGAGAAAUUCCAGACCCAAUCACUAUACCAGCUCCUGUUGAACAGAAUGCAAAUUCACCAGACAACAAGCCAUUUUCUAUUAAUAGGAAAAAUGAAACAUUGCACAAAACCACACAUGGCUUGAAGCAAAAAUUGCAACAUGCAUAG